AUGAAGCGGGAGAGUUACGACGGCUUAAACCAAGUGAUUAGCGAGUUCGAUAAAAACUUGCAAAUGUUGGAAAAGGUGGGAGAAAGUUCUUCGCAAUGGAGCACUGUUUUGGCACAUAUGAUGUGUUCGAGAUUGGAUCAAGUCACGCUGCGACACUGGGAAUCGCAUCAUAGCUCGAAAGAAGUUCCAAAAUACGACGAGCUAGUUAAUUUUCUUCGGAAUCAUUGCUUCGUCCUUCAAUCAAUCGCUCCGCUGAGACCAGCACAUGCGGAGGUGAAGAAGUCGAAGUUCACCGUUGUUCAUGCGUCAACACAGUCGUUCAAACGAUGCCCAUUUUGUGGCGAGAGCCCGCAUUCCGCUUUCAAGUGCCAGAAAUUUUUGAAGAUGAGAGUUAGUGAACGAUAUGAGAAGGUGAAACGAAGUGGGUUGUGUUUGAAUUGUUUUUCCCCCACGCAUUUGGUUCGAGUGUGCACAAGAGGUGUGUGCCAGCAUUGUCAGACGAAACACCACACGCUUCUGCAUAACGCGCCAUCGUCUGGUGAAAGGCCUGCAACGUCAGCAGCAUCGCAGAAUGAUUCCUCCGUCCCACGAGUCAAAUAUGGUCCCCAGGCAAUGAACACACCGCAAACACAAUCACAAGCCCAGAACCAAACCACACCUACUCAGCACACAAGUCAAUCUACAAGCUCAUACCCUAUUGCCAACACAAAUUCGCAACAUACACCAAACACCACAGAUCAAGUAAUCAAAUCCAACUGCUUCAAUACCAACAUCUUUGCCUCGACAAGGCAAGUUUUACUCUACACCGCCAUAGUGCGUGUAUCAGACAUGUAUGGAAAUGUCCAGCUAGCCAGGGCAUUAUUGGACUCAUGCUCGGAAUAUUGCUUUAUAACCACAAACCUCUCUCAAAAGUUGAAGUUAGUGGAAGGUGCCAGCUACCUGUCUGUAGCAGGUAUUGGUGGUUCUGUAGUCAAAUCUACAAGAAAGGUUGAAGCAACGAUUGCGGCUCGAUCAUUCUCAAUUUCAUCAUACGUGGAAACUGUUCAAUUACAUGUACUUCCAAGGCUCACAUCCAAACUACCCUUGCAUGCAGUGAAUUUGCAGAAAUUGGCGAUUCCGGAUAUCAUAACACUCGCAGAUCCUGAAUUUCAUCAACCGGGUCCGAUAGACCUCAUCAUUGGGGCGGAAUACUACUACGAUUUACUGAUGAAUGAGCGGAUGAAGCUUACAGAUGACGGACCCACUCUUCAGAAAACUGUUUUCGGAUGGGUUGUAUCGGGUCGUAUCCCUGGUAGUAAACUUGAAGUUCCUAGAACCAUUACUCACUCGUGUUCGACACAUGAUCUUCGGGAGCUGCUAGCAAAAUUUUGGGAAGUAGAAUCAUGCAACAUCAAGAGUACGCAUUCAGUAGAAGAAUCGACCUGUGAAGAACUCUAUGAACGCACGACGGUACGUGACAGUGAAGGAAAAUUUGUAGUAACACUUCCCAAGAAGGACUACGUAAUUAGUCAGUUAGGGGAUUCAAAAUCCAUCGCACUGAAAAGGUUCUACCGACUGGAGAGACGAUUCGCUACGAACGAGGAGUUGAGAAUUAUGUACAGUACCUUUAUGAAUGAAUACAUCUCCAUGGGUCAUAUGCAACAAGUACACGAGGAAGCGAGUGACUAUCCCUCGUACUACAUGCCUCAUCAUGCGGUCUUAAAACCCGAUAGCACAACAACUAAGCUGCGGGUUGUAUUCGACGCUUCCUGUCGUACAUCUUCGGGAAUAUCCUUAAACGACGGACUCAUGGUAGGACCCGUUGUGCAGGAAGAUUUACUCUCCAUCAUUCUUCGGUUUCGAUUUCGUCAAUUCGUAUUGGUGGCAGAUGUUACCAAAAUGUACCGUAUGGUAAAGGUAGUCGAUGCUGAUCAAUCACUUCAGCGCAUACUAUGGAGAAGUUCUCCAACCGAACCUGUCAAGUCCUUCCAAUUAACCACUGUUACAUACGGGACAGCCUCGGCGCCGUAUCUGGCAACCAAAAGCCUUCAAAAGUUGGCAUCUGAAGGAGAAGCCACACACAAAGCUGCAGCGAGAGUAAUCAAAAAGGACUUUUACGUCGAUGAUAUGCUGACAGGUACAGAUGAUUUGGAAGAGGCAAAGGCACUAGCAGCAGAAAUCAUCCAGCUCAUGAAUUCAGCAGGCUUCACGUUGAGGAAGUGGAACUCCAACAGCGCAGAACUCCUAUCGACUAUACAACAGAUUCUGAGGGACGAUCGAGCUACUCUCGAACUUGAUUCGUCUACGUCACCCAUAAAACGUUGGGGCUGA